AUGAGCUUCGGCGAAAUCAUAACCCUAAAUGUUGGUGGAAGAAAGUAGGUGUUUAUAUUAUCCUUUUUUUCUUUUUAAUGUUGCUGUGGAUGGAUAUGUUAGGGAAAUUUUGUGCCCCAUUGCCACAGCUAUCAGCAUCUAUCCAGAGAUGUCGAAUGAUCCAAAAUGUGGUAGAGAUUUGUUACAUGUAUUGUUAAAAACUGGGUAACAUGUGUAUAGGUGACCUUUAUUCAAUCAGUGACUACUUUUACAUUUACAGCGUUCAAGCUGUAGGAACAGUUGAUAAGAAAAUUCAGUUCAAUCAGUAGUUCAGUUCGCCUGCUGUGACCAUCUCCCUGUGGAUGCAUGCAUAAACUUAAGCUUGUGCUAAUUUCGGAUUUCUGUACGUAGUAAGCCAUUGGUAGAAAAAAUAAAACGUACAGUGUCUAUUUUAAUUCAAGUCUUUGUAUUGCCUAAGUUACCUGUGAUAUUAUUGCUUAAAAUUUCUUUGUGAAUUUCAUUUAAGAUACCCUGGGAGGUUACAUUUGGUAUGUUUUUGUGAAGCUUUAUAAAGCCUUGUGCUCUCUGGUGACUCAAGCAUAGGCAUAAGCAUUACUUGGUCCUCAGCCAGUGAUGCAAGGAUAAGUUUAAGCAUAAGAAGCGUAUGCGCUAGUGAUGAUGGCCUUGACAUACGUACAAGCAUGAACACAAGAACAUCAAAACCUGGCAUUCUUCUUUAUAUUAUGCUCCUGCUUAAUUCAGGGCUGUCUCCAUAUGCUAAUGCCAAUGCUUAUGUGUGUGCUGGCGUCACUAGUGAGGACUGGGCUUACAGUACAAUGCACUUGAAGGCAGUAGGCAGCGAUUUCGUCGGCAGCCAGCUUCUUUUGACAACCCUGAUUGGAUGACCACAUUAGUAGCUUGCUCUCGCGUGCCCAAUUCAAAUUCCUCCUUCCCCUCCUCCUUCCCCUUUCAACACCUGCUACGCAAGUUAACGUAUAUUAGAUACCACUCAUAUAACUUUGACUUCAGUAGAUAUAUGUGCAUCGAAGAAUGAUAUGGUUAUUGUAAUAAUUAUUGGCAGGUUUUCAACAUCUAAGCAGACCCUGACAUGGAUUCCAGACUCAUUUUUCUCCAGGUAAGUGCAUAGUAUUAAGUCAUGAUGUCUUUGACCUGAUCUUCAAAAUUAUUUAUGUCAUCUGGUUGGACCAACUUAAACAUAGCUCCAAGGAGAGUUAAAAAGUUUAGAGAGAAUUCUUGGCCAUCAUUGAUGGUACAAGCCUGGCUGCCUUGUAGGCUACUCUGUGAAGGCAAUUGGAAAUUGAGAAUGAUAGGGGAAGGGUUUUAAAAGAAGCCAGAAUCCUGCAGCCCUUAUCACUGAUUAGCUGGAUUUGUUUUCUGACAGUCCUUAGUUCAACUCUUUGGUCAACUGGUUUGCCUUCUGUCAGCAGGGAUUUAGAGAUGCCAACCUCUGGAGAUCUAAAAUCUGGAAACCGUCCCCUUUUCAUUUACCCAGCUACCCCCUCCCCCCAAUGACACAAAUCAAUCCAGUUCCCAGAUUAUAACAUGGGUAUGGCUCAGGAUAUUAUACAAAGUCUUACAUGAAGUACUGUACAAAUCAUCAAAAUUCGCUUUGUUGAUGAACGUCUUGUCAGUGAUGAAAUGUCUUUAAAAGUAGCACAGAAACCAUACUAUGAACAAAAAAAAUAUUAAUUUUAAAUUGUGGGAAGGAGAUGAAUUGGUCACCUGUAGGAGAUUUGUGCCAUAUCUGGGAGAAAUGGCAUAAUAUGGCAGAUUAUUAACCACGUUAUUUCACAUAGUUUAUUCAUAUGUACUUAUUAUUAAAUAAGUGCCUGCCAAGUAGAGCUGCUAGCUGGAUUAGCUUUAUCUAGGAUUGAAAGUUAACAAAGUCAUUUUGAUUGAGUGACUUAUGAGAGGAGGGUCAGUACUGUAUGUUUCUUUUUGUAAAAAAGCCAGUAAAUUUAGCCUGCUACACACAGCAUGUCUUUUGACUUGUCACAUAGUACUCUCCAAGAUUUUGUGACAAGCCAAAACAAUAUCUGUAUAGGAGUGCAUUUGACAAGUUGUGCUCAAUAGCCUUCCUUAUUUUUCUUAUUUCCUAGUUUAUUAAGUGGAAGAAUUGCAUCUCUCAGAGAUGAAACAGGCGCAGUAAGUUGAAAUUUUGUUAAAGAGUAGGACUAGUCAGUCCAUUAUGACUCUUUAGUAUUAUCAUAUGAAUUUUGACCUGUACUAUGUUGCAUAAUUUGUGUCACACAAUAAACCUUUCUUAUAUCACAAUCUGUCCCGAUAAUAUUGCAUAAUUUCUGAUUCUAUAUUGAUCAUUUUCACCUAAAAGUUAAAAAAAACUGCAAUAUUAGGUUUUUUUUGUGAUCAAAAAUGCUUGUCAGUAAAUGGCUGUGCAUUGUAAAAGGGGUGUGACAUUAUUUUUCUUUUUUCUUAUUUUUGUCUCUGUUUUAAAUAGAUAUUUAUUGAUAGAGACCCAGAUGCAUUUGUGCCCAUUUUAAAUUUCCUCAGGACCAAGGAACUUGAUGCGAGGUAACGUAUUAAUUUUUAUAACUUCUCAAACUUCUAAUAGAUCAGAGUGUGUGAUCUUUUAUCUCCAAUUUUCCAGAACCUGGAAAAAAGUCUUACCUGUACACCAGCUUUGCAACAGUGAUAAAGGAGGUGUACAGGGCUUAAAAAGAGUCCUCUCCGGUUGUCCGGAACAAGCAUAUUUUUUUUGCUGGGCAGGUAACUUUUAACCCUUUAAGCCCCAAUAUCCACAUACAAAUUCUUUAAACUGAUCUCUAUACAUUUUCUUAAAGGAUAUGUUGAGACAAUUUGAUAAUACAUGUAGAUCAAAGCAUUCUCUGUUGGGUGAUCAUUUUAUCAAUUCUCAUAACUUAUCUUAUGAAAGUGUAUGGAUAUUGUUAGGAGAAAAUUGAUCUUGGUCACUAUUGGGACUUAAGGGGUUAAAGCUUACUUGCCUAAUGUUUAAGGGUCCAGGCGAGUCAUUGUGUAACAAAAUCACAAGAAGUGGCCCUGGGUAAGCAAAAUAUGACAGCUGCUUGCCCUAACUCAAUCUAUGUCAAAACGGAUUAUUAGUACUUAAUUGUGGCCAUACAUUUUCCGUUGCAGAGGAUUAGAUUUGAGAGUUAUCAAGCAUGAAGCUGAGUAUUAUGGUAUCACCCCCUUAGGUAUGUAAGCAGCUAUAAAUUAAGUUUCUUUUUUUUUCUUUAACAAAAAUCAUUGUCAAAUCUUAUUAAAAGGUCUCUCGUGGGAAUACACUGUGACUUUAUGUAUGAGACUUUUUGGAAAGGUUUCCAUAACUGCUUAAUAGACCACAGAAUUCAAGGAAAGUUUUAUAUUAUAGUAUUGUUACUUUGGCAAGUGAAAUUUUGGAGUAAAUGUUUUCUAAUGGUCAUCAAUAAUUUUUAGAGAUAAUAGUGUACAAAGGAAAGUAAUGUUAAAGAGUCUUAUUUAAUCUGAACAUGACUCACUCCAAUUUUCUCACAAAAGGUAAUAAAAAACCUAAUGUUUUUUUUUAAAAAACAUCAGACCUUUAAGUAUAAUUUAAUAUUUUAAGCCAUGUUUCAUCAAGUCUAAGACACUUGGUGCCCAAUCUUUUGAACCUGAUUGAACACACCUGCAAAAAAAUAGAAUUUUUUAAACUAUACAUUAUCAUCCAAAAUCAUGUAUUGCAACCCUGCCCUCUUCCAUUUGGCAGCUCUCACUUUUAAAUACAGAUCUGUGAUUUGCUUUAUCAUUUAAACAGCAAAGAGACUGGCUCUGUGUGAGGAAGUGUCCCAUUCAAAAUGUGGUGAUGUACUUUUUCAUGGGUAUCUUAACUCUCCAGGUAACAUUUUUACUGGAAUACUUUUACACUUAAAUUUAAUUCUCUUAAUUGAACUAACUUGAGGAAUUUACGGUUGGAAGAGGGUAGGCAGAAUGUGUGGUUUUUUGCUGGCUGAGGAAGGAAAGAAGCGGAAAAAGUUUUUUUCACACAUGGCUGGGAGUAUGGGUUUGAGUGUGUGGGGGUCUUCCGGUGACGUGGCGUUUAGAGUUCAGUUGUUUUUGUUGUCAUCCGCCGUUGGCUGGCCUGCCCCACUCACCCGACCUUCAUGUGAUUUUUGUUUCGUUUUAGGAUUUAAAAUAUUGCUGUAGUUCUGGUUGAGUAUUGAGUCUCAGUUUCUUGUUAGCUGUUUAUUAGCACUUUUUGUGCUGUAAUACUAGUGAUUUGUGGUGUUGCUAUUAAAGGUCGGGCUGCUUGGUUGGCUUGGCAUGGCUCCCAGUUGUGUGUGAGAAAAUAAUUUUGGAUACACUGCACACAGCAAAAAUGUUGAUUUGACUCUGUGUUCAAAGUGCUUUUACUUACAAUGUACAGGGUACAUGGUACAAUAACAUCACCUUAUCCAAAUGACACCUUGCUAACCCUUUGUCUGAGUAACAUUAUUUAUGGUAUAUCAAUAAUUUUCAAAUUAACUUUUGCUUGUCUGUCUAGUAAUACUAUUGUAUAACAAUUAACUACUAAGUAAUACUAUUGUAUAAUAAUUAACUACUUUGAAGACAAUAUUUUUUUUAAUGUUUCUCUGAAAUAUGUGUAACUGUCAAAAUUCAUCCAAAGCAUUCAACCCUUGAAUGGUCACUUGUUUUGUCUAAUUUAAGAUGGUUUUACUUUUCUUCCAAAAAUAAAAAAUAUAUAUUUCACUGAGGGAAACUAAACAAUCUCAUAUAAACAAUUUUUUAUCCAAUCUUCAUCAGAAUUUCCAGUUCCAUCUACAUCAAAACAGUCAUCAUCAAACACUCCCACAAGAAGAAGAAGCACAGCAUCCACAGUAAGUAGGACACCACGGCAUGAAAGAGACACCUCUUCUUACAUUGAAGCCAUCAUCAGGGAAGUUCCUGAUGACUCCUCUGAUCCUCUAGGUAAGUGGGCUGCAUUGUAAGCUCAAUAUUUUUGAAUUGUCAGUUUAUGUGGUAAAUGACGGCAGGAUCAGAGCGGGGGGGUUGCAGAGAUCGCAAGUUUGAUCCCUUAGACCAGACUAAUACUCAGGAUCUAAACUAGUCUAGAUCUAGAUCUGGAUCUAGUACCAGUUACAUGAAAUUAGAAGGUAAAGGUAGGAAAUUUGAAUAGGAAUAUUUUGAAGCCGAUCUAAAAUACAUUGUAGAUCUCAAAUAGAUCACCCUGCUAGCAAUCAUUCAUGUGAAGUGCUUUAUACUGGUGUGAAAAUUACAUAGUGCCAACACUGUGCCAGGGUCGCGCUAAUGUGGUACCAACAUAGUGCCAACACUGCAUAGUUUCUCCUGAUGCUCAAACAUGUCUUUGUUAUUCUCUCUAGAUGUGGAUCCAAGAAGAGUUCUUAUGAUUGUUGGGCAUCAUAGUUUUGUAGCAGUUGCCUUUGCUCAUGCUGUAUUCUGCUACAGGUUGGUUUACUGAAGAACUGAACUGAAGUCUAAUAAAUAAAUGUAGCCUCUUUUUUAAAAACUCGGCUUUCACUCUUGCAUUUAAACCUUCCAUUGGCAAUCAACUGGAGGUUCCAUCUGGGAAAACUUAUUUUGAUAUUUUGUGAUAAGUGGUAACUUAUAUGAGGUGGUUGCUCAGGAAAGUUCAACUGUUGGCACUGUUUUGUUGAUCAUUCAUUAUCAUCCAUCAUCAAUCAAAAUCUUGGGAAGUUAUUUCCUUAAAUUAUGUGAUAAUUUAUUAUGGAGAAAUGGUCAGUCGAUUAACAUGGAAAAGUAAAAAAUAUAUUCAGAACUGAAAAGAACAAAUAAAAGUUUGUGUAGUUUUAGUGGACUCGUAUUGCAGCUAUAAGCCAACCAUGACCUUUUUUCUCACACGUUAAGUACAUUUUAUGUUUUUGUCAUGUUCUAAAGCAUGCCACAUCAGCCAUGCUUAACCUAAAAGUGGUCCACAGUCUGAGUCAAAAAAACUCAAGAGUUUAUAUUACUUGGACUUGCACACAGAUGAAAAAUAAAUUGAAUUCUUAAAAUAAACAACCCAGGGCAAAAUUUUCUUUCCUCUUUCUGAACUUGGAUAUGGUUCUUAUGAAUUAGCCGCCAUAGCCAGUCUUGGAUCAUGAGGUUCCUAUUUUGAAUGUGCUGCUUUAAGAUCAAUGUGUUCUUAGUGCAUCAUGUUACUUCUCCUUUACCUAUUGUAGAUCCAAAGACUCUGUGGGCUGGGAGCUUAUUUUCUCCACUCCUUACCUAAAAAACUGUGUGGAAAAAAUGGCACUGAAUGCUAAAGUAACAUCCAGUUCACUUGGUGAUAAAAUGCUGGCAGUAUCAGCAGGUUUGUUUUAUUAACACUUUCACUCCAUAUUAGCCUGUGCCAGGCUCUCAGUCAGUGUAGACAAGCGAAAAAAGCGAGCGAGCAGUGAAAUAGUGAAUGAGUGAAAAAGGGCGGGAAGAGAGAAGGGGAGAGUCUGAAAGCUUCUUUUGCAGUACCUCACCUUGCCCACAAUCCCGUCCACUUCCUCAAAAACCAUUUCUCCUGUUAAAAAUAUGUCAAAACAUCAAAAGUUGCUGUGUAGGAGGGCUUCCCAUGCUCAACAUGUUUGUUAGACUCUGUGCGCCUGAAGCCAAAUGAUUGAUGUUAGCCAUGAAGUAAAAUGUUACACUUGACCAAUCAUGUAUACCAGGAGCUGGUAUAUGGGAUUGAGAUAUUGAAAACAAUGGUUACAGGCACCCUCUGUCUCUUCCCAAUCCCCACGCGGUUUCCACGCAAUUUUUCUCUAUCCUCUUUUCCCACUAUCUUGGAGCCUGGAACUGGUUAACACGAUAUCAACAUUGCGAUAUCGACAUCUUGUAGCGGGCUUAGCCUGAGUAUCAGGCCUUCCUAAGGGGCUAGGGGAGAGGAGAUUUUAGAUGGGGGAGGGGGGAGGAAAAGGAAGGAAGUUUCUCUCCUUUCGCUCUCUCCCUUUUUCGCUUUCCUCCUCCCCUUUUCCUCCAGAAACGCCUGAUACUCAGGCUAUAACCAGCUAAACAUAGUGUCAUUAUUAAGCAGCGAUUAGCAGCAACACUCCUAGCAGCUUUAUCAUCUCAUCUCCACUUCUCCCUGACUCAAACUUGCUCUCCUUCAGGCAAAUGACCAAGAAAGUGCAAAACUGACAUGAUCUUGUCUCUUUCAGAGGGUAAAAUUCGUUUAUGGAGUUUUACGACAACAGACCAUAUCCAAGGUGCCGUGAAAUUUGAAAUUGGUAAGUUGAUGGGUUUGGGGCUGAUCACUGAUUUGAAGUGAUUGCUUGUCACAUGAACCUAGUUUAGUGGCCUUAGCUCCCUCGAGUCUCUUGUAGCUUUGUGGUAGAGCAUCUGGACUGGUAUUAAGCAGAACUAAGGUCAAAAUUUCGACUUCUGUUGGAAGUACUCGGAUUUUAAUUCCAAGCCACCUAUGUCACUGACUGAAAAAACAUCUCUCUCAAUGAGAUCUUAUUCAUGAAUUGCAUUGCAUUAUUCUCAUUGCAUAAUAAACUAUUUUUCACAGAUAAAGUUGAAGAGAAUCUAAAUUAAAGAAGCAUUGCCGUGAUCUUUCUAAUUAUAGAGUACUUUAAACCAAAACGAAAGCACUGCUGGAAAGGUUUCAUUUGAAUGGGUUACACCACAGGAUCUCAUAUACAGUACAUAUUUAUCCAAAAAUUCACAAGUUAGAACCUGUUUAUACAGCUUAAUUAACAAUACCGUAAAAUUCCAAAAAUAAGCCCCGGGGCUUAUAUGUUUCAAAGGCCCUUUUUGAGGGGCUUAUUUUUGGAGGCGCUUAUCUACGGAGGGAAAUUUGCGUCUCAAAAUCGAUUGGGCUAGCCUUAUAGUUGGACGUAAAUUUACCGUUUUUGCUUUGUUUUACUUUGUAUUUGAUGGCAAUUUUCCAAUUUCAACCCCCCAGGGGGCUUAUAUUUGGAGGGGCGAUUUAACGGAGGGUUUUUUACGUUACCGGUUUGGGGGGCUUAUAUUUAGAGGGGCUUAUUUUCGGAAUUUUACGGUACCCUGUGAAAGUACUGCUUAAGAGCUUUUAUCUUUAUCAUCACACCGUAGUAGAACUUCAUCCAUCGACUGACAAAACUUGCAAGAUGUGUGAAAGUGAUUGGAAUUCAAAGCCAGCUUAGAAAACAUGAAAUGAUAAAUACUCAGUAACACGUUGCACGACCCUCCACGCCCUUCUGGCUUCACGUUUUAUAGAAGACUGAAACUGUUUAUUGACAGGAACAUUCAACCUCAGCGUACCUGUAGAUGCUUUGUUUUUUAUCGGAAGCCAGCUUGUUGCUACCAGUCACACAGGCAAGAUUGGAGUAUGGAAUUCUAUGACACAGCAUUGGCAGGUAUGUAUACAAAGUGUGAGUUCAACUUCCAGCUCAGCUAAUUCGUCCCACGUCGACCUGUAUGAUUUAUACACAAUAGUCAGGAAGGGGACGCCAGGCAGGCUCUUUCUUCCCUCUACCACGCACAUAUCUCUUGCGCGUUUUUCCUGUUAACAGAGCAGUUGUCGGGUUCACCCCCUACUUAAUAGCCACGGCUGACGUCACGACUAGAAAAAUGGCUCCAUGCCUAGGAUCGACUAGACUACGAGUAGUCCCCCAUUUUUCCUCAGGGAUAGUAGAGCGAGCGAAACGCGAGCGCGCGUGAAAAUCACCCAACGCGAGAAAAGGCGACACGAGGUAAGGAACGACUCAAGACUAGGGCCGAAUCACUAAAGACGGAGAAGUGAACGUAAUGACUCUCAGCUUUUGAUCCAGUGAGCAGAUAAAUUUUUGUUUCUGGGAGACUGCCCACUUACCCCUCCCCUAAGCCAACAUCAACACUUCUCUUUUUGGGCAAAAUGUUGGCUUAGGGGAGGGGUAGGUGGGCAGUUUCCCAGAAACCUAAGGGUUCAGCUCGUCCAAACAAAAUUUGUAAAGUGAGCAUCUUGGGUGGUAGAUAAGGACCCAGUUUGUUGUUUCUGCGUAAUUUUAAAGUUUGGGAUAAAUGAGAGAAAAAAAGCACUUUUUCGCUGUUUUAGAUCCAGGAUGUAAUGCCGAUUUCCAGCUAUGACACAGCGGGUUCUUUUCUCCUUCUUGGAUGUACGAAUGGCUCGAUUUAUUACAUCGGUAAGUUUGUUAUUAUAAUUUCAUUCAUAUGUGGAAGUGUGGUAUUCUAUUAAGUGCACAGGUAACCCAGGCUCACGAUUUGUGUCAUGUACGGGUUUCAUAUAACAUGAGUAAAUAUAGAAAACAUAUGUGGCCAAGUUUAGGUCUGGAAAUUUGCUAGAAAAUGGAAAUAAACAUCGAUGAAAUUUACCAUGUGGCGAGUUGUUGUUGUCCUUAAUACAUGUAUGCACACGAAGUUUCGGGAAAAAUAGUCUCCUUCAUCUUUCCUACAUGCCAUUAUACUAUGUAGGAAAGAUUUAGGAGACUGUUUUUCCCGAAACUUUGUAACACCUCUAUGUGUACUCUGUAAAACCGUUGACGUUUGGCCUUAACUGCAUUUUGAAGAGAUGUGAAGCACGGACCACUUUAUACAGCUCCAUGUGUUUGUUUUAUAGAUAUGCAGAAAUUUCCGCUGAGAAUGAAAGACAACGAUCUUCUUGUAACCGAACUGUAUAAAGAUCCAAACGAAGACAUGGUGACAGCACUCAGCGUCUAUCUAACGCCAAAGACUUGUAAGUAAAGAAGCAAAUUGCAUGUUUUGUCCUUGUUGCAAGCAGCAACCAAUCAGGUAUCGACACUUCAUGUGUGCUAACACGGACAAAUUGGUUAAGUACCCCAUAAUCAUAAUUUCGAGCCAUUUUUGUGUUGUUCAGAUAAUUCAAACGCAACGAAGUCUAAUGAGGGUUGUUUACAUUUUAGUAACCAACGUGACGACCGUUCGGCUACAUUAACAUAAACCGUGGUAUGAAAGGAAAGUUCUGCUUUCCCACACCGGCAACUGAACCCAGGCCACGGUGGUGAGCACGCCGGGUCCCAAGCACUGGCCCAUGUAGGAAAUACGAGGAAAAUCUGUUGUUCGUUUAGUCUGUUAGUUUAACUGGCCAAUUGUGUGUCAACUGAAAGAUAAACCAAAGACAAAACGUCAUGUGAGCGCCAGCAGAAUUGAGCGAAACGCAUAAAACUGAUUCUUUCAACCAAAUUUAAUACUCGAUGUAAGAAUAGCGCAAAAAAGUGACUAUUUGAGCUCGGCUACUUAAACUGUGGUAUAUUUAAAAAAAUGUUCUUUUUUCCCACACCGGGAAUCGAACCCGGGCCACGGCGGUGAGAGCGCCGGAUCCUAACCACUAGACCAUGUGGGAAUCGACAGAAAAAAAGGCGAAAAAUUUUUGUCUCUGUAGUCCGUUCAGCUCAUAGAAACUUCAGUAUCUGCUGCCUGCCAUGUCGCACGAAGCGAAGUUUGCCCCACCCCUAUACAAAGCACACCAAGUGCUGUCUCGGCGGCGACCGUUGUGAAGAGGUUGAGCUAUAUUUACAUAGACGUUUUCUUUGAAGGUCUAAGUGGGAACUGGAUCGAGAUCGCGUACGGUACCAGUUCAGGGACUGUGCGGGUGAUCGUUCAACACCCCGAGACAGUUGGCCACGGACCGCAGCUCUUCCAAACAUUCAUGGUUCACCGGAAUCCAGUUGUGAAAGUGAUGCUGAGCGAGAAAAACCUCGUGUCUAUAUGUUCAGAGUAUAAUCACGUGCGCACGUGGAACGUAACACGCUUCCGUGGCAUGAUCUCUACGCAGCCUGGUUCCACACCUCUGGCAUCCUUUAAUGUAGUUUCUCUUGAGUCACAGGAUACCCACCCUAGCUCGUUGGCUGGUAACGUUAUUGGUGAGUGCGUUGACACAGUAAUUGCUUCUUAAUUAAUAAAUUGACAAAUUUUUUAACCGCAGCAACCUAAUCGGAAACUACAAGGUUGUGUUUCAACAGUAGUUGCUUGUGUUCUAUUCUGCUUUUCUUGUCUUUUUUUUGUUUGUCUUCUCUCUCUUUUUUUUUUUUGCAUCUCAUUUUACUUACUCCAAUAUCUUUGCCUUCGUAGCUGGCGUUAUCGAAGGCGAGACGAAAUUUUUGGCGGUUGAUCCUCGUCGUAGUGCUUUCUCCCUCUUUUCUCAUAACCUCCUAUGUCGUGUACCCAAAGCACCGGGUCACUCACGUGACCCAGUGCUCGUGAAGGGCGUUGGAGAUACCACUGUACUUUAAUCAGGCCUUUGCAGCCAAAAAAUUUCCCCUGCAAGUAUAAUCCUCCCAGCAAAGUGUCUCUUACCCUCACUGGAAACAUAUUAUCGACAUGUUCAACACUGUCUGCCUUGUUGUAAGAACCAGAGGAAAGUUUGUUUUUUGAAAAGUCCGUUCUUUCAUAAACGUCAACUGUGCGCCUUCACCCUAAUAGAUCAUACUCGGGUGUUUAAUGACAGUUCGAACCGUGAGUAGCACUCUGUAUAUUGUCGUGUAUGAAUCCUUAAUGCACCAUUUUUAUCUCUCGUCACCAGGCCCCUUUGGUGAGCGUGACGAUCAGCAGGUGUUUAUUCAGAAGCUUGUUCCAGACACUGAUCACGUGAUCGUACGGUUCUCGUCCACUGGAAAAAGGUAAGCACGACCAAGCCUGGGAUCAAGCACUCCGUUCUACGGCGAGCGAAGCGAGCCGCGAUAGAACGCGCGCCCGAGAGAACGCCCGCCCUUCACACUCGCUCCUCCUUUCGUGUGCCGCUCACUUCUGACAUCUCGCGUCUCGCUUGCUCACAGGCUAAGCACAAUCCCAAUUGCAAUCUGGAAUUUGAACGUUUAAGUACCUGCUGUUAUCUUGCUAAUUUCUUUCUUGUACUUAUACUGAGCAGGUAAUUUGUUACGUUUUUUUAGAAUCUGCACAAUUCGCUCAGUAGACGGGAGCAGCAUCACUUCAUAUUGCGUGCACGAAUGUGACGCCUCCAGCAGAAUGGGUUCCAGACCCCGACGAUUUCUUAUCACAGGACAUACAAACGGAAGUGUACAGGUACGUGUCGCAUAAUUAAGUGGUACAUUUCGAGUGAGGGUAUACCACUCCCGGGACUCUGGAACACUCGGUGCUAGUCCGAGCGUGUCCAUCUUCGUUAUUUUUGAUUGAAGAUUUUGAAUAACUGGUCCCAAGGAUUUUUUUGCCUCCACUGUUGCUUUCGCUUAUCUGUUACUUUGAUUUUUUCUAUUGAUAAAAGAGGAGCUAAGGAAGCAGUCUUAGCAAGUGUCAACCCGUAACCGAUAUAAACAGCGCGCACGCGAGAGAUCUGCCCUCUUUCCACUCACGACUCGCGCGUGACCCUUGGCUGGCUGGUCUUGUGUACGCCAAGGAGUUGUUGUGCUUGACAGUGUUUUGUUUUUGCAUUUUCAGAUGUGGGAUUUAACAACGGCUCUGGAAAUUGUCUCCAAACAGUCUGGUGAAACUACAGGUGAGUGUUGGAUAAAACUGUAUAUUACUUGUCUUUGUCAUUUCUUGAUCUGUGAUUGGUCAAUUAUCGUUCCGUAACUUAUUGCAAAAACUUAUUUUCACUCAAGAUUAUUCCCUUUUUUUCCCAUUUUUUGUUCUUUAGUUAUAGGUUUUCUCCUUAUAUAACCUUGUAAUGCAAGUUCUAAAUUUAAGCAGCUCAAUCCUUUAAUAGUCGCCUCGUUGUUGUUCUUCGAAAAGAAAGACAUAUAACUAACAUCUUAUUAGUCUCGUUUUCUCUGUCCGUACUUUAAAUUAUGGAUCUUCCCCUUCCGCCGUGUAAUUUACCGUACGGAGCUAAAAAUACACUAAAAAGAGGUAUUUAUUCUUUAUUCGCCUUUGAUACCCCUGUUGUCAUCUCUAUUGCAGAACGUGACGACAUUGGUAAUGUAACGCAAGGGGAGCUGUUACGAACAUUAGAGCAAUGUGACCUUAGCGCGUCACGCUGCACAACUCCUUCCAUAUCACCGGCCACUUCGCUGCUACAAACAAAUUUCACGGCCUCACGACUAAAGCCUUCAUACUCAUGUCCUAGCUUGAAUGAAGACGAUCGAGAUGAAGCAGGCCCCAGUAAUGGAAAAUCUAGAUAUGUUUAUAUUUCGCAAUGUUAAGACUCGUUAGAACGGUUGUUAAGUCUUUCGAGUGGUGUUUCAAAGAAGGAAGUUCGUCAUGAUCUAGGUGCCCCAAGAAGUGGGUAUCCUGUGUAGCAAGCUUUCCUAUGCUUUUUAUAGUAUUUGGCAGCGUGAAACUUGAAACGAGGUGAAACACAUUAGAGAUGAUGGGAGAAAAAAGUUCGUUUUCUCUUUACCCCUACUUUAUUUGCUUUUGUUUGCUCUCGCCUAAACUUUCAGGUGAAGUCACUUGUAUGGGAAUAUUUGCUGACACGUUGAUAACAGGUGGCCGGGGAAGGGAAAGAGACCGUAUGAAAGAGAAGAGAAACCGGGGCUUUAAGAAAUUACUGUUUUCCUCCUUCACUUUGACGCAGAUAUAGUAGGGUGUCCAUUAACAGUGUGUUGAUUCUAGAUAAAUCAAAUGAUCCCCGAUCAUCGCCCUUUCUGUUUGGCUCCACUAAAUACAUAAGGAAAGAGGUCAGGCCUGUUGCUUUGGCAACGUGAACAUCUGAAUCUCGGAUUUCUUGAUAUGCAUGUGAUGCAGCACUUUGAAUGUCUUUUCACGCUCAAUUUCUUUCCAUAAUGGUGGUUGUUAAUUUACAGAUCAUAGUAAAUUGUUUAUAUUCAUUUUAAAGAAUGUAUUAAUUUAUUAAAAGUAAGGAAAAUAAAGCGUUCUUUUUCGGUAAAUUGUUAAUUAUGAGGCUGCCUUUUC